UCGCCGUCCACCUUCACCCGCCCCUCCUUCCUCCUGGUCAAGUAGCCUCUCCAUUUAUCUCAGAUUCCGAUGGGAGCCGCUGCCUAUUACCCUGAUUGGAAGUGGGGAGGACAGUUACCUACCUACAGACAUCUAAUUGCCACCUGAUUCCAAUUGCUCUUCACUGUCCUCCUUCGCUGCUCCUCAUUCUUUUUUUCAAAGCUGUUAAUCAUUUCUGACUUACUCACACACAAGCUUUAAUUAGCAAUCCAUUCAUUUAUUCUCACAGUGACUGCCAUUUUAGAGAUCCUGUUUGAAGGCAUAUAGUAAAACGAAUAGAAGCAGUAAAUUAUUUGAGCAGCCUUAUACUAGAAGAGUCUGAGGAAGAAAGUAUAUUAUGGCAGAGCUCAUGAAUGUAAAGACCACAGGAGAAAGGGGCAUAAAGUUGGGAGGUGGGGGUAGGCGGUGAAUAUAGUGAAAGAAAAUGUAUUUCAGAGGGUUAUUUGACAUGUCAAAGGUUCUUAGUCCACUCCUAGUGAGGACCCCCCAAAAGAGUGGGGGUGAAGCAAAUUGUUCUGAUUUAGAGGGUAAAUGUAGGUAAAAUAGCAGGCCAGUUAAGUCUCUGAGGUCAAACUCACUUAAAUUGAAACCUGGGUCUUGUUACUAGGCUUCUCCACCUGACAAUACUAACCAACUUAUAGGAUUAUAAGAUUAGAUGUGCUAUUGCUUUGUAAAGCAAAAAGCAGAAUAACUCAAAUGUUCAGUAAACUGUAGCUAUUAGAUUAGGGUCAGAGGCCUGUGUUCCUUUGCUGUUUUGACCUAGAUGAUCAUAAGCUUCGGUAGCUCUCUGUAUUGGUAAGGCUUCCUGCUACAGUUAAGGGUUAAAAUCAAACUAAAAUGACACCUCAGGAACUAAACAGGACCCACGCACCCCCCUUUUUUUAAUUAGUUUCAGGUGUACAGAGCAACGUAAUAAUUAGACAUUUAAACCCCUAAGUGAUAACCCACCCGCAAGCUACUACCCUUCUGACAUCUUAUAUAGCUAGUAUUACGCCACCACCAUGUUCCCUGUGUUGUACUCCACAUCCUUUUGCUUCCGGCUCACGACUGCUCAAGAGCCUUCCAGCUACAAGGCCCGUGAACAGCUCUCCCCUCCAGAACCCGCUGAAGGCUCUGUAGCCCACACAACAAACCAGAAUGAAGCCUUGUGCCAGGCAUGUCACAGACCCUGUGAAUGACGACAGAUUCCCGUCUCCCAGGGCAGUUUGGAGGGGAAGACAGACACAAACAGGGUGAUCGGUACCCUAAGAACGUAAAGGUUACCGGGGAAGCCUGCCGAGGGGAGUAGCUAACACUGCGAGUGUGAGUUAAGGUGGGUUUCACAAUUUCUGCAGCAAGCAGACAGGCUCCAAGAUCUUCAACAACCCGCUACCUAAGAGCAUCACGUGGACUACAACUGAAGUGCUCUGGCUUCACAUCUCAGCCCCUGCCACUCCGUAAGGAGCAGGCGGCCGGGAAGGGGGUCAGCCAUAGCCACAGACCACGCCGGGGUUUCCUAAGCCUGGCGACCUUGGGGGACGGCCGCUCUGAAGACGGCACAAAGGCCUGCCAGAGGCCCCCGGCGCGAGCGAGGGCGGCCAGCCGAAGGUGAGGUGGAGCGGAGGGGAAGGAGUCGCGGUGUGUACACAGGGCGGUCUCUCCGAAGGCUCAAGGAGAAGAGAACGAGCGCUCCAGCCCCACUUUUUGCUGUUCUACAGCGACUGCAACGCGAACGAGAACCCGGCUUUCGCCACACGGAGCCACUCCGGCGGCCCGGCUAUUCUCACUUCCGGGCGGCGCGCACGCUGCGUGCUGCGUCACAGCGUCAGCGCGUGACGCGUCGGAGAGCGGGCUUUGGCGCUACCGUGUGAAAGCUGGCCGCGGGGGCGGGGCUGCGGCGCUGCGUUCGGCUGUUGUCUGUGCGGUGAGUGUCCGCCGGAGGAACCGAGGGGUCCGAUUGUGACCCAAGUGUCUGCUCCGGCCGAAAAGAGCUGCGUCUGUGGAGGCGACUCAUUGACCAAGUGUUGGAGUAAUAUUGUUGAGCAAAAUGCCUAUUGGAUGCAAAGAGAGGCCAACUUUUUUUGAAAUUUUUAAGACGCGAUGCAGCCAAGCAGAUUUAGGACCAAUAAGCCUUAAUUGGUUUGAAGAACUUUCUUCAGAAGCUCCACCCUAUAAUUCUGAAACUGCAGAAGAAUCUGAAUAUAAAAUCAGUUCUGAACCAAACCUAUUUAAAACACCACAAAGGAAACCUUAUCAUCUAUUGGCUUCAACUCCAGUAAUAUCUAAAGAACAAAGAGGUCUAACUCUGCCACUGUACCAGUCUCCUCUUAACGAAUUAGAUAAAGGCAGGUUAGAUUUAGGAAAGGAUAGUACCAAUAGUAAGCAUAAAAGAAGUUGCACAAUGAAGGCUAAAAUGGAUCAAGCAAAUGAUGUUACCAGCCCACCUCUAAAUUCUUGUCUUAGUGAAAGCCCUGGUGUUCUGCGAUGUAUACAUGUAACACCACAAAGAGAAAAGUCAGUGGUAUGUGGAUGUUUAUUUCAUACACCAAAGCUUCUGACGGGUCAGACACCAAAACAUAUUUCUGAAAGUCUAGGAGCUGAGGUGGAUCCUGAUAUGUCUUGGUCAAGUUCUUUGGCCACACCACCAACCCUCAGUGCUACUGUGCUCAUAGUCAGAGAUGAAGAAGCACGUGCAGCUGUAUGUCCUAAUGAUACUACUCCUAUUUUGAAAAGCUAUUUUUCUAUCAAUGACGAACAUCUGAAGAAAAAUAAUUGGUUUAUCCCUUCUGGGCUAGACAAUGAAAACAAAAAUCAAAGAGAAGCUAAAAGUCAUGGAUUGGAGAAUUCAUUUGGUAAAGUAAGUGGCUGCAAAGACCAUUUUGAAAAGUCAAUGCCAAAUGUCCUAGAAGAUGACAUACAUGGAAAAGUUGCCGAUGUUUCUGGAGAUAAUUUUUCAUUAUGUAUUUCUCAAUAUAAAACAAGAAAUUUUCAAAAAAUAAAAGCUGGCAAGACUAGGAAAAAUAUUUUUAAUGAAACAAAAACCAAUGAGUGUGAAGAAGCUAAAAAACAAAUGAAAGAAAAUAAACAUUCAUUUGUAUCUGAAAUGGAACCAAAUGACAGUGAUCCAUUUGAUUCAAAUAUAACAAAUCAGAAGCCCUUUGGGAAUGGAAGUGACAUGAUCUCCGAAGAAGUUGUAAACUCUUCAGCCUCUGAAUGGUCUCAGUUAAUCCUCUCAGGUCUAAAUGGAACCCAGAUGGAAAAAAUACCCCAACUGCGUAUUUCUUCUUGUGACCAGAUUAAUUCAGAAAAAGACCUCAUAGUCAAAAAGAAAGAACAUACCGACUUCAUUACUUUAGAAAAUUCUUUGUCACAUAUUUCAAGUGAACCAAAAACAGAGAAGAUAUUAACUCAGGAAACAGUGGUAAAUAAGAGAGAGAACAGACAGUGUCUUGAAUCUCAUGAAGAUUCCACUCUUGUGGAAAAGCAUGCAGUACCUGAAACUUCCCUGAUAGUUUCUCCACUUCAGGAUAUCAAAAAGUCUGUAUUCAGCAUCAGAGAAUCACCUGAAGAGACAUCCAGUGCAAUUUUCUCAAAUAAUGUGACUGAUCCAAACUUUAAAGAAGAACUUGAAGCCUCUGCAAAUGGGUUGGAAAUACAUACUGUUUGCUCACAGAAAGAGAAUUCUUUAUAUGCAAGUUCAGUUGAUAAUGGAAGCUGGCCAGCCACUAUCAAACACACUUCUGUAGCUUUGAAGAAUACAAGUUUAAUAUCCUCUUUGAGAAAGAAAACUAAAAAGUUUAUUUAUCCUAUAAAUGAUGAAACAUCUUAUCAAGGACUAAAAAUGCAGAAAGACCAAGAAUCAAGACUACCUAACUAUUCAGCCCAAUUUGAAUCAGAUGCUUUUGAAGCACCACCAACAGUUACAAAUGCUGAUUUAGGUUUAUUACAUUCUUCUGUCAAAAACAAGUGUUUACAGAAUGAUUCUGAAGAACCAACUUUGUCUUUAACCAGCUCUUUAAGAACAAAUCUGAGAAAAUAUUCCAGUAAUGAAAGCAGUUCUUAUAAUCAUAAAAUAAUAUCUCAGGAUCUUGAUUAUAAAGAAGCAAAAGUUAAUAAAGAAAAACUGCAGUCAUUUAUAACCACAGAAACUGAUUAUCUCUCGUGCUUGCAGGAAAAACAUUGUGAAGCUGACCCAAAAAGCCAAAGCAUUUCAGACAUAAAAGAAAAUGUCUUGCCUGCAAUGCCAUAUUCAGAAGUACAAUAUAGUAGUGUUCACUUUCCAUCCCAGGAAAGCUGUUUAUAUAACCAUGAUAAGGCCAGUAUUUUAACUCCUAGCUCCAAGGAUCCUCCAUCAAACCCAGUUGUGAUUUUUAGAGGAAAAGAAUCAUAUACAACCUUAGAGAAACUAAAAUAUAAGAAUUAUGGAGCUGGUUUUGAUUUAACCAAAAAUAUCACCAUGGAAAAGAAUCAAGAAAUACGUGUUUUAAAUGAAAAUUCUAAAAAAGCUGAGCUGUUGUCACCUGAAAAAUACGUAACAGUAGCAUCAUCUUCUGUUAAGGUACAAUUCAACCAAAAUACAAGUCUCACAGUAAUCCAGAAAGAUCAAGAAGAGACAACUUCAGUUCCAAAAAUAACUAUCAGUUCAAACUCUGAAGAACUUUUCCAAGACAAUGAGAAUGAUUUUGUCUUUGAAACAACUACUGAAACGAAUAUUCUUGUUUUAAAAAAUACUAAGGAACUUCAUGAGGCUGACCUCAGUUACGUAAGAGGACCUAUUCUAAAGAACUCUACCAUCGUAGUAGGUACAGGUAUCGAUGAUAAACAAGCAGUCAGUGUGUCCAUUACAGAAGAUUUUGAUUCAUCAUCUAUAGUCCGUGAUCUUACAGAGAAGAACAGAAAUAAUGUAACACAGCAACUAAAAAGGACUCUAAGCGAAGAUUCAAAAUCAGACAUCUCCUUGGAUAUAGAUAAGAAAUCAAAUAGAAAUAAUAAUUACAUGGACAAAUGGGCAGGACUCUCAGAUCCCAUUUCAAAUCACAAUUUUGGAAAUGGCUUCAGAACAGCUUCUAAUAAAGAGAUAAAACUCUCUGAACACAACAUUAAGAAAGGUAAAGUGCUUUUCAAAGAUAUCGAAGAACAUUUUUAUACUGAUUUAGCUUUUGUUGAAAUUGCAAAUACAUCAUCGUUAGAAAAUCAAAAGAAACUAAGAAAACCUCACGCACUUAAUUCACAGUCAACUAACAUUGUAUCUGGGUGUGUACAAAUUAGUACAUUUGCUUCUAAUAGUGAAAAUAGUCACACAACUCCUCCAACUGUAUCUUUAAAGCAAGAUUUUAGUUCAAACCAGAAUUUAACACCUAGCCAAAAGGCAGAAAUUACAGAACUUUCUACUAUAUUGGAAGAAUCAGGAAGUCAGUUUGAAUUUACACAGUUUCAAAAACCAAGCCAUGUGAUACAGAAUAAUCAAUUUGAAAUGCUUGAAAACCAGACUCCUGCCUUGAAUACCACUUCUGAGGAAUGGAAUGACAUUGAUCUUCAUCUCAGAAAUAAUGCCCCAACUAUCAGUCAGGUAGACAGCAGCAGGAAAUUUGAAGGUAAGCAAAAGUUUGUUUGCUCAUUGAAAACCAACUGUAACAAAAGUGCUUCUGGAUAUUUAACAGAUAAAAACGAAGUGAAGUUUAGAGGCUUUUAUUCUGCUCGUGGCACAAAACUGAAUGUUUCUAGUGAAGCACUGCAAAAAGCUAUGAAACUGUUCAGUGACAUGGAGAAUAUUAGUGAGGAAAAUUCUGCAGCAGUAGAUCCAAGAAGUUUCUCUUCAAGUAAAUGUAACGAUUCUGUUCUUUCAUUGUUUAACCUAGAAAAUUAUAACAAUGAUACAAAUUUAAAUGAAAACAAUAAUAAAUGCCAACUAAUACAACAAAAUAAUAUUGAAAUGACUACUGGCACGAUUGUUGAAGAAAAUACUGCAGAUCACAAGAAAAACACAGAAAAUGAAAAUGACAAAUAUGCUGGUGCUGGUACAAAUAUUUGUACCUUAGGAGACUCUAAUGGCAGUGAUUCAAAUAAAAAUGAUACUGUUUACAUCCCUAAUGCUGAAAAUGUCUUGCAAUAUGUUGAUCAGCACAACAUACAUCUAAAAUCAUCUAGCCAGUUUAUGAAGGAGGGAAACAUUCGAGUCAAAGAAAGUGUGUCAGAUUUAACGUGUUUGGAAGUUGUGAAAGCUGAAGAAACAUGUCAUGUUAAUACCUCAAAUAAACAAGAGUUGACUGCUAAUAACAUGGUGCAAAGCAUAAAAGAUUUUGACAUUUUUGAUAUAUCCUUUCAGACUGCAAGUGGGAAAAAUAUCAGCAUCUCCAAAGAUUCAUUAAAUAAAGUUGUAAAUUUCUUUAAUCAAAAAUGUGCAGGAGAAGAAUUGAAUAACUUUUCAGAUGCCUUGAAUUCUGAAUUCCUUUCUGGAAUAAAUGUCAACAAAAUAGACAUUUCAAGUCAUGAGGAAACAGAUAUGGUUAAAGAGAAAACAUUGAAAGAAGGUGAACCAGUUGGUAUUGAAAAUCAAUUACUGACUCUCCAACCAGGACCAGAAUGUGAAAUCGAAAAGAUCAAAGAACCCACCAUGUUGGGUUUUCAUACAGCUAGUGGGAAAAAGGUGAAAAUUGCAAGGGAAUCUUUGGACAAAGUGAAAAAUCUUUUUGAUGAAAAAAAGCAAUAUAAUAAUAGUAGAGCCACUGAUUUUAGCCAUCGAGGGGCAAAGAUGUUAAAGGACCAAGAGGAAUGUAAAGAAGGGCUUGAAUUAGCUUGUGAGACAGUUGAAAUAACAACUGACCCAAAGUACAAAGAAACGCAGAAUUCUCUAGAGGAAAAAAAACUUGUUUCUAACAAGACUGCCAUGCCACCCAAGCUCUCAAGUAAUAAUUUAUACAGACAAACUGAUAAUCUCCAAAUGUCAAAUAGUAUCUCUCUGAAAAUUAAAGUAUGUGAAGCCAUAGAAAAAGAAACAGCAAAAUGUCCUACAACUUGUUACGCAAAUCAGUCCAUUUGUUCAUUUGAAAAUUCAGCAUUGGGAUUUUACACAGGAUGUGGGAGAAAAAUUUCUGUGAGUCAGGCUUCACUACUUGAAGCAAAAAAAUGGCUUAGAGAAGGAGAAUUGGAUGAUCAACCAGAAAAAAUAAAUGCUGCCAAGGUUGUAUGUUUAAAAGAAUAUCCUGAGGAUUAUGUAGAAAAUCCUUCAUGUGGUAAUUGCUCAAACACUAUCAUAACUGACAAUGAAAAAAAUCAUGUCUCUGAAAAACAAGACUCAAGUUAUUUAAAUAGCAGUAGCAUGUCUAACAGCUAUUCAUACUAUUCUGAUUUUUGUCAUUCCAAUGAGGUAUAUAGUAAAUCAGAAUCUCUCUCAAAAAAUAAAGUUGAUAAUUCCCGAAUUGAGCCAGUAGUGAAGAAUGUCAAAGACAGAAAAAACACUGGUUUUUCUGAAGUAAUAUCCACUAUAAGAGAAGCAGACACAUACCCGCAAACUGUAAAUGACAGUAUUUGUGUUCAGAAGUUUGUGACUAACUCUUCCCCGUGCGAAAAUGAAAAUGCAGCCAUGGAAGUAACCAUGUCUGAUUCCAGUAAUUUUGAGGCAGGGCCACCUGCAUUCAGUACAGCAAGUGGUCAUAUGGUCAGUGUGUCACAUGGAACAAAAUGGAGACAGAGGUUUACAGAUGACUGCACUCCGGUUGUUAAGCAAAACACUGAGAGUAAAUCAGGCACUGGCCAAACAAAAACUGUGGCAAGUUACCGUAAGGCAGUGGAUGCAUCAGAGGAUAUUUUCCCUAACUCCUCAGAUAGUGAAGAACAUAGUAUGUGUUCAUACAAGGUUUUUGCUGACAUUCAAAGGGAGCAAAUUCUACAACACAGCCAAAGUAUGUCCGGAUCAGGAAAAGUUAUUGAAGUAUUACCUUGUCAGGUUAAUUUGAAAGCUUCUGAUGUAUGUAAAUUUCAUACGGGGAAACUUCCCAAGUUGGUCUCUUCUACAAAUGCUUGUGGGAUUUUUAGCACAGCGAGUGGGAAGUCUAUAGAAGUGUCAGAUGCUGCAUUACAAAAGGCUAGACAGGUAUUUUCUAAGCUAGAAGAGAGUGCUGAGUUGCCCUUUUCCACAGUAUCCUUUGAACAACAGUCGGAGAAGGUCACAAGAGAAGAAAAUACGAAGACACAUACCCCGCAAAAUGCACUAUCAUCUGCUUUCUCUGGAUUUAGUACCGCAAGUGGAAAACAGGUUCCAGUUUCUGAAAGUGCCUUAAGCAGAGUUAAGGGGAUGUUAAAGGAAUUUGGUUUAAGCAGAAGUGAAUAUGGUCUUCAUUGUUCACCUACAUCCAGACAAGAUGUAUCAAAAAUACUUCCUCUCUCCUGUAUUGAUAAGAGAGCCCCAGAACACUCUGUAAACUCCCAAAUGGAAAAAGCCUACAAUAAAGAACUUAAAUUAUCGAAUAACUGUAACAGUGAAAUUGGUUCUUCAGAUAAUACUCACUAUGUUGAAGUAUCUCCGUUUAAGCGAGACAAACAGCAGUUGGUAUCAGGAAGCAAAACACCUCUUAUUGAGAACAGUCAUCUUUUGGGGAAAGAACAAGCUUUACCUAAAAACAUAAAAAUGGAAAUUGGGAAAACUGAAAUGUUUCCUAUUCUUCCCGUGAAAACAAAUACAGAAAUUUGUUCUACUUACUCCAAAGACCCAGAAAACUAUUUUGAAACAGAAGCAGUAGAGAUUGCCAAAGCUUUUAUGGAAGAUGAUGAGCUGACGGAUUCUGAUCUGCUGAGUCAUCCCGAACCUUCUCUCCUUCCAUGCCAAAACAAUGAGAGAACAGUUUUGUUAAAUUCAAGAACUCAGAAAAGAAGAGGAGAAGCACUUGUCUCGAUUGGAGAACCCCCAAUCAAAAGAAACUUGAUAACUGAAUUUGACAGGACAGAAAAUCAAGAAAAAUCCUUGAAGUCUUCAAAAAGCACUCCAGACGGCACAAUAAAAGAUAGAAGAUUGUUUAUGCAUCACAUUUCUUUAGAGCCAAUUACCUGUACACCCUUUUGCACAACUAAGGAGUGGCAAGAAAUACAGACUCCAAAUUUGACUGCACCUGGUCAAGGAUUUCUGUCUAAAUCUCAUCUUUAUGAACACCUGACUUUGGAAAAAUCUUCAAGCAAUUUAUCAGUUUCAGGGCAGCCAUUUUAUGAGGUUCUUGCCACAAGAAAUGAAAAAAGAAGACACUCAAUUACUACAGGCAAAGCGAUGAAACUCUUCAUCCCACCUUUUAAAACUAAGUCACAUUUUCACAGAGAUGAACAGUGUGUUAGCAAUACUAAUUUGGAGGAAAACAAACAAAAACAGAAAAACAUAGAUGAACAUGACUCUGGUGUUAAUGAAAAUAAUAUGAAUCACAGUGAAAUUCAUCAGCCUAACAAAGAUAAUUCCAAUCAAGCAGCAACUGUAAUCUCCACAAAGUGUGAGGAAGAACCGUUAGAUUUAAUUACAAAUCUUCAGAAUGCCAGAGAUGCACAGGAUAUGCGGAUUAAAAAGAAACACAGGCAACGUAUUUCUCCACAGGCAGGCAGUCUGUAUCUUGCAAAAACGUCCACUAUGCCUCGAAUCUCUCUGAAAGUCGCAGUAGAAGGCCGAGCUCCCUCUGCGCGUUCUCAUAAACAGCUAUAUAUGUAUGGCGUUUCUAAACACUGCGUAAAAAUUAACAGCAAAAAUGCAGAGUCUUUUCAGUUUCACACUCAGGAUUAUUUCGGUAAGGAAAGUUUAUGGGCUGGAAAGGGAAUACAGUUGGCCGAUGGUGGAUGGCUCAUACCCUCCAAUGAUGGAAAAGCUGGAAAAGAAGAAUUUUAUAGGGCUCUGUGUGACACCCCAGGUGUGGAUCCAAAGCUUAUUUCUAGAGUUUGGGUCUAUAAUCACUACAGAUGGAUUGUAUGGAAACUAGCCGCUAUGGAAUUUGCUUUUCCUGAGCAAUUUGCCAAUAGAUGCCUAAACCCAGAACAGGUGCUUCUUCAACUAAAAUACAGAUAUGAUAUGGAAAUUGAUAGAAGCAGAAGAUCAGCUAUAAAAAAGAUAAUGGAAAGGGAUGACACAGCUGCAAAAGCACUUGUUCUCUGUGUUUCUGAAAUAAUUCCAUCAAGCACAAAUCUCUCUGAAACUUCUGGCAGUAAAACUAGCAGUGUGGAGACCAACAGAGCAGCCGCUGUGGAACUGACAGAUGGCUGGUACGCAGUGAAGGCCCAGCUGGAUCCCCCGCUCUCGGCCCUCCUCCAGAGCGGCAGGCUGGCCGUAGGCCAGAAGGUCAUCACUUACGGAGCGGAGCUGGUGGGCUCUCCUGACGCCUGCCCACCUCUGGAAGCCCCAGAAUCUCUAAUGCUAAAGAUUUCUGCUAACAGUACCCGGCCUGCUUGCUGGUAUGCCAAACUUGGAUUCUUUCGGGACCCUAGACCUUUUCCUCUCCCCUUGUCAUCACUUUUCAGUGAUGGAGGAAAUGUUGGUUGUGUUGACGUAGUUAUUCAAAGAGUAUAUCCUAUACAGUGGAUGGAGAAAACAUCAUCUGGAUUAUACAUAUUUCGCAAUGAAAGAGAAGAAGAAAAGGAAGCAGCAAAAUAUGCAGAGGCCCAACAAAAGAGACUAGAAGACUUAUACACUAAAAUUCAAGCAGAAUUUGAAGAGCAUGAAGAAAACAGAACAAAACGAUGUCUACCUCCACGUGCACUGACCCGACGGCAGGUGCGUGCUCUGCAGGACGGUGCCGAGCUCUAUGAAGCUGUAAGGACUGCACCAGACCCCAGCUACCUGGAGGGUUAUUUUAGUGAAGAACAGUUGAGAGCCUUGAAUAAUCACAGGCAGACAUUGAAUGAUAAGAAGCAAGCACAGAUCCAGCUGAGAUUCCGGAAGGCUGUGGAAUCUGCUGAGCAAGGGGAGCAGAUGUUAUCAAGGGACGUUACAACUGUGUGGAAGCUGCGAAUCAUAAGCUAUGAGAAAAAAGAAGAAGAUUCAGUUAUACUGAGUAUCUGGCGUCCAUCAUCAGAUUUAUAUUCCCUGUUAACAGAGGGAAAGAGAUACAGGAUCUAUCAUCUUGCAACAUCAAAAUCUAAAAAUAAACCUGGAGGAGCUAAUAUACAGUUAACAGCAACAAAAAAAACUCAGUACCAACAACUACCGGCUUCAGACGAAAUCCUGUUCCAAGUUUAUCAGGCAAGGAAGCCCCUUCCCUUCAACCAGUUACUGAAUCCAGACUUCCAGCCACCUUGUUCUGAGGUGGACCUAAUAGGAUUUGUAAUUUCUGUUGUGAAGAAAAUAGGUCUUGCUCCAUUGGUCUAUUUGUCGGAUGAAUGCCAUAACUUAUUGGCCAUAAAGUUUUGGGGAGAUCUUAAUGAAGACAUUAUUAAACCUCACGCGUUAAUUGCUGCAAGCAACCUCCAGUGGCGACCAGAAUCCAGAUCAGGAAUUCCUACUUUAUUUGCUGGAGAUUUGUCCAUGUUUUCUGCCAGUCCAAAAGAGGGCCAUUUUCAAGGGACAUUCCACAAAAUGAGAAAUACUAUUGAGAACAUUGAUAUAUUUUGCAAUGAUGCAGAAAACAAACUUAUGCUUAUACUUAAUGCAAACAAUGCCAGGUGGUUCACCCCGACUAAAGACAGUCCCUCAGAGCCGCACGCCAUCCAGGCAGUCCUUGGUGCAGGAAGUAAGCUUCUGAUGCCUUCUCCCAACAAUGAGAUGAACUAUCAGAGUCCUUUAUCACUUUGUAAGCCAAAAGGGAAGUCUGUUUCCACACCUGUAUCAGCCCACAUGACUUCGAAGUCAUGUUGUAAAGGGGAGAAAGAGACUGAUGACCCAAAAAGCGUCAAGAAGAGAAGAGCCUUGGAUUUCUUGAGUAGGCUGCCUUUGCCUCCACCUGUCAGUCCCAUCUGUACCUUUGUCUCGCCAGCUGCACAGAAGGCAUUUCAGCCGCCACGGAGUUGUGGCGCCAAAUAUGAAACACCUAUAAAGAAAAAAGAAUUGAAUUCUCCUCACACAACUCCACUUAAAAAAUGUCAUGACAUUUCUCUUUUGGAAAGUGAUUCAAUAGCUGAUGAAGAACUUGCACUGAUAAAUACCCAGGCCCUUUUAUCUGGUUCAGUGGGAGAAAACCAACUUCUAUCCAGUGAACCCACCAGGAAUGCUCCCAGCUGUUCAAAAGAUUAUCUCGGACCGAAAAGGCACCAUUCUGCACCUCUGGUCAGAGCACAGGAGGAUUCCCAAGUUGGUACCGAGGAACGGGAGACUAACAUGCAGGACACGAGUACAAUAAAACUUAGACCGCAAAGGCAACAGAAAGGAAAAUUAGUUAUUGACUCUUAA